AUGGACGCCGCCAGCCUCCGCGCAGAGCUCAAGGGCUGGGAGCGCGCGUUCAGGGAGGCCAAUGGACGCGAGCCCGGCGUGGACGACAUCAGACGCCUCCCGCACAUCGCCGACAAGUACAAGCUCUACAAGAAGCUCUCCAAGCUCAGGCCCGCCAGCGCCGCACCCUCGUCCGAUCCGCCCUCGACGCCGCCCCGCCCGCCCCCAAAGCUCCAGCAGCUGCCCACCAAGACCAGGGCGGUCCACGUCCCCCCGCCGACCGCGUCCGCCAACCCGUUCUCGCCCUCCAAACCCAAGCCGCCCUCGCCCGCCAAGCGAGGAGGCGGAGAUGAAGCGCCACCACCCGCCCUGCUUCCGAACCCGUUCGUCACCCCCGCCAAAGGCAAACCGCGCCCAAACCGCCGUCAGCAGCAGGACGAUAACCCGUUCGGCCUCCCAUCCACCCCUGCCGCCCGGACGCCACCGCCUGCAUCCAUCUUCGCCGGUGCGCUUCCCGACGCGCUUGCCUUGGUCGACCCUGCACCCGCGACAAGAAUAGCCCAGGAUCAGCCGCGUGCUGGCCCAUCCUCUGCCGUCAUUCGCGCCCGCAAACGCCUGCGCGGCGAGCCGGUCUCGCCUUCCCCCGUGAAGGACAAGCGCAGGCGGCUCGCGUCAUCCCACACGCAGCUUCCGGCUUGGCCGUCGGCACACGCACGCAGAUCUGCCGCGACCAUGCUGCCCUCCAGCGAAUCCGAGCCGGAGGACGAAGCUUCGUUCAUAGACGACUCCCCGGUGAAGCAGCCACCAGGGUUCAAGCUGCUCUUCGAAGAAGCUCACUCACCGUCCAGGAGAACAAGCCGGUCCAAUUCGAGAAGCUCGGGCGAGGGAAGCAUCUCCGUGCCAGACGUGCCGCGUACGAGCAGUUCGCGCGGCACAAGCGUCUUUGAUGACGAUGAUGACGACCCUCCUCCACUCAAGCCGAAACAUGCGGCUAAGAACACCGCGCUGCCCCGUGCCUUGCUGCCAGGAAAGGAUAACAUCUUCUCCGAAGUCGUCCCCGAACGCGUCCUCGCCGAACAACGGCGAAGAGAACAACAAGAGGCAGCCAAACUUGCAAAACGAAAGGGAAAACGGAAGGCCACGGAGAAGCCUGUCGCACGGACAGAGGCCCCGACCCGACCAAAGUCGGACGAGAGUACCGGGCCCAUAGGUUUAAUACCGCCUUCGCCUCCGCCGCCGACCGAGGAGGAAAAGAGAAAGCGGUACAAGGCGCGUGCGGUGUAUCACAACGGCGCGAAUGCCAAGAGGUCGAGAAUGGACGAUGGGCAGGAGGAAGAAGAGGAGGAGGAGGAGAGCAACGAAGAACCCGCAGCGGUCAAGGUGUACGACUGGAGUUGGUCGCACCGGCACCCGCCUGCGGCUGCAGAAACCGAAACGCAAACGCAAGAGGAGGCGCUCGGCGACGGCUUCGACCUCGACGAUCCCUCUCUCGGGAUGAGCCUCGGCCUGUUCUCCCGCAAGUUUACCCCGCGGAAAGACCCGGCGGCAGACCCGGACCUGUUGCCGUCCCCGCUGCCGUACGACUUUGGCGGCACCGCGGGGGGCGAGGAGGGCAAGUUCGAGAUCGACUUACCCGACCAUCUGCGAUCUGUGUUGUCGAUCGGGUUAGGGGCGAGGGAGGAGAGGGAGGAGAAGAAGCUCGCCCGCGGCGUCUUGAGCGGGGACGCGCGAGUGGGCCACAAGGGCGGGCCGAUUUGGGGGGUGGGGGAGCUCGGCGAAGAGAGUGGGGACGAGGAAGAGGCCGGAGAAGAAGAUUGGGAGGGAGAGGGUGUUCCUUGGGAAGUGGGCGAACUGUAAGGGAGAUGUUACCUAGCAAUCCGAUGCGCUAUAGUUCCUAUGACUGGGCGCGCAUUUCAAC